AUGUGGUCUCUCCCUCGUGCUCUGGUCGAUCUGGCUCAGCAGCAGCUCCUAACACGCUUGUCAGCUACCAAUGGCAAUCAAAGCGACCCUGCAGAAGAACGCGUACCCUGCUGGUUUUCUGCCUGUUUGGCUCUUUGGAAUGACUCGGGAAUGGGCGCCUGCGAGUCUCAGUAUCGCCUGUGCCGCACUGGCGUGGUCGGCCUGGAGGAAGGUCGCGGACGCGAUGCGGAUCUGGGGGCCGCGUCCAUGGAUGCUGCGAAUGAUCCUGGUGGGGAGGGGAAGGAGGGAGCCAAGCUCCGGCGUUGGGGGACGACAGCGCAGCAAAACAAGCAGGUUGGCGGAGGCCCAGCUGGUCGCGUGGUGCGGGCUCUCUGCCCUCCAGGGCGACCGGAUCGCGACGGCAGGCCAGCGCUAGCCCGCCGCCGAUCGCAGCCGGACAAAGUAUAUAAUAUUAGCAGGGACAGCGCAGGCAAUCAAGCGCCCAUUCUCCCCGCAGGUUCGAUCUUCCCCGGACUGCUCAGCCCGCUAAGUGCCUGGUCGCCUGUCCAGAAUCCCUCUUUGGCUGUCGGGGAGGGGAAACGACGCUUCUCACCCUCCGCCAGGCAGCUCCAGCGCCUGGUCUCGGCAGCACAUGCGAGCUUGCACAGCCUGCCGCUCGGCAAGUCUUUGCUUCAGCCCUCUCCAGUUUCCAAUUCCAAUUCGACUCCUGCCACCGACGCAGGUCCGCCUCUUCACAAGCGCCCUCUCUCCACACGAGCCUACCCUCCAUCCGCGGUCCCGUUCCAUCAGCCGAGGCAGGCGUCCUCUGUCUGGAGUAUUGUAUUCCUUGCUUGUCUCGUUAGCGGCGCCGCAGCGGUGCAGGUUAUAUACAGCUCGAAGGCCAGCAAGGCGUCGAAUGCUGAACGGCAAUCCGAACCUCCAAAGGACUGGUCGCAGGAUUAUCUCGGAGAAAUUGAUACCCUGAAGAUGUCGUCGGAUGCGAUUCCGCCCGGCCAUGUCGGAAAUCUCACCGAGGAGCAGGAGGCCAAGCUCCGUGAGAUGUGGGUUGUGCUCUUGAAGCUCUUCGGCGUCAAAUUCGAAGAAGGAUCGGAAGUCGCCGGGGAUAAUGAAUCCGUCAAGAAUGAGAACGCUACGCAAGACAAGAAGAAGUCAAGGCGAAGCUUUUUCGGUCUGAGGAGCAGCGACAGCGGGAAAUCAGUAAACGGCACGACGUCGAAUCUGUCCAGUCUGCAAAUAUCGGACGGAGACGACAAAUAUGGACAGACGAAAGAGUUCCAGCAGGCACUCGCCGCCAAGACGCCAGAGGAACUACGGGAGACGUUCUGGAGUAUGGUCAAGCAGGACGAUCCGGAUGCGCUCCUUCUGAGGUUUCUGCGGGCCAGGAAGUGGGAUGUCAACAAAGCCGUGGUUAUGCUCAUCUCCACUAUCCGGUGGAGGGCCGACGAAAUGCACGUCGACGACGACAUUAUGUUCGGCGGUGAGGCCGCUGCGUUGGAGCAGUCGAAGAGUUCGGAUCCUUCGGUCAGGAGACUUGGCGAAGACUUCCUGGCCCAGUUCCGGAUGGGAAAGAGUUUCAUUCAUGGUGUCGACAAAUUGGGCCGACCGAUGUGUCUGAUUAGGGUGCGACUGCAUAAGAUCGGCGCCCAGAGCGAGAAGAGUAUAGAGAGAUAUACCGUUCAUAUGAUUGAAACCGCCAGGGCAAUGCUUCCUCGCCCCGUGGAGACAGCAUUCAUCAUCAAAUGCUUUGAGGCUAACUAUCCGGAAUCACUGGGCGCGGUGCUUAUCCACCAAGCACCAUGGAUCUUCUCAGGCUGGCUUGAUCCCGUGGUAGCAGCCAAGGUUCAUUUCACCAACUCGGUCGAAGACCUGGAGCAGUUCAUUCCUCGUGACCGCAUUUUGAAAGAACUGGGAGGUGACGACGACUACGAGUACCAAUACGUCGAGCCUCAGCCCAACGAGAACGACGCAAUGAAAGACACGGCGAAGCGUGACCAAGUCAUUGCAAAGGCCAAGCAAUACUACAAGGAACUCCAAGACGCCACACAAUCCUGGGUCGUGGCCGCAUCGAAGGGAGACAAGGAGGAGGUCGAUUCAUUGAAAGCCAAGCGAGCGGAGCUUAUUGAGAAGACGGGCAAGACAUACUGGGAGAUGGACCCCUAUAUCCGGGCCCGCUCGUUUUAUGACCGCACCGGAGUCCUCAAGGGUGACGGAAGUGUAGUCUUCUAUCCCGAGAGGGAGGAGAAGAAGAACAAGAAGGAGGAAGUGAUCGUCGAAAGCGAGCACCCAGCGGAAGAAAAGAAGGAGAAUGGCCUCAACGGCAACAACGAGGGCGAGGCAGAGAAGAAGGCCGAAGUCAGCGUUGAAUCGAAACCGGAAGAAAAAACAAACGGCAACGCUGCUGUUACGGCCAGUUAA